GCUGUAGACUGUACUUGGACCAUUGGCUUGAGAUUUGGAUUCCUGACCUCUUGACCCUUUGUGUUGGAUUUGACACUCUCUGAUGCUUUCAGGCGAGUGACUUCUUGACGCAGCUCGUGGUUUUCCUUCUCCAGCUUGUCGUUCUUUAUUAGAGAAGCUUGAAGCUCCUUAACGAGACGCAUGAGAUCCGAAUCAUCUUCUCUAUUUGCUAAUUGCAAAUUACAGUGCAGCCACAGAACAAGACUCUUCUCUGGAGUGACCUCUUCUUUUCUAAGCUGGAUUCGACCCUAGAAUACUGCAUAUUACGGCCUAAGCUCUUGUGUGAAGGAAACUAAGAUUAAGUUAGAAGAUCCUCUGGGUCCGCAAAUAAGUCACAGCUGUCCUUGGAGCAUUUAACUUGUGAACUUUAUUAUUCUCUGCAUCUGAAGCAAAGCCAUCGGCCAUGGAUCGGUUACUACAAAACACACAUGCUAAACUCAUGGUUCGUGACAUCCACUGCCUGACACAGUCGUCUACAGAGUCCAACUCAUACUCUGUAGGUGGUGGCGCGCUCGUCUCACGCCUAGAGACAGUGGGCACAAUCGUCUCUCGCGACCUGACCCCAAAGUUCCUCAAGUUUGGCGUCGACGAUGGCACGGGCUGCGUCACGUGCAUCCUCUGGCUCAACCAACUCACUUCUUCUUACUUCUCCCGGUUGGAUCCAACCACGAUUCUGCUCCUCGCAAGCACCGCGCGGAAACAAGCAGCAGAGAUCAGAAUCGGAGCCGUGGCUCGCGUUCGCGGCCGCGUUGGCUCGUACAGGGGAGUGAUGCAGAUCACGGUUACGGUGGUGGUUAUCGAGAGAGACCCAAACGCGGAGAUCUUGCACUGGUUGGAGUGUUUAAGGCUCGGGAAAAGUUGCUAUCGUAUUCAAAGUUAGAUUAACUCGUGUUUUUUUCAAGGCAAAAGUUAAUUGCUUAUAAAAUAUUUGAAGAGAGUUUCAACCUAAACGCAUGAAGCAACCAAUUGCAAAGAGAGUACUCAUACAA